AUGAUCGAUGACCGACUGAACUUCAACACCCAUGUCGACUACGGCUGUGAGAAGCUGGCCAAAGCUAUAAACGCUUUAGCCAGAAUUAUGCCGAGCAACGCCGGCCCAAGUAGUAGCAAGAGGCGUGUUCUGGCUAGCGUAUCAUCGUCGGUACUGGAGUAUGGAGGCCAUGUGUGGGUUGCGGCGUUAAAGACACAUCGGAGUCGAGUGAAGCUGAGUAGUACGAUCAGGCUCAUGACUAAGCGGGUCGUCAGCGCACACAUGACUAUCUCAUCAACGGCAGUCUGUGUAAUCGCUGGAAUGAUCCCUAUCGACAUCUUCCUAGUGCAAGAUAAUCAAUGCUAG